UUGCACAAUCAUCUCAUUCUUAAUCCAGACCAAUGGAGGCGAAGAAAGAGGAGGAGCUUGAUCUCUUGUCUGAUGAAUCAGCAAAGCCAUCGCAAAAUUCAACCGGUCUGGUUACAAGUAAAAUUAGUAAAGUCCCAACAGAAGAAACUAUGAAUGAAAAUUCUCGAGGAGAAUCGCCAUCGCCUUUAGAGGCCUGGUCACCGUCUUUAUGGUUCUAUUUAUCAUCUGCAAUAGCCUCGGCACGGUCAUCAUCCUUCAGGGGGCCACCUUCUUGUCAUCUGUCCUCCAGACCAUCACCCUUCAGGCAUAUCUUUUUCAUGUCAAAUUUGAAGGUAACUACUUUUCAUGUUUAUAUUGAGGUAUAAUAGAAGGAUUUUUUUU